UGGUGGCCGCUGUCAUUUAUACAGAUAAAAAAAGAUGGCGGACUCAGAGGAAGCAAGAGCAGGUUCUUGCACUUUUCUGUUUAAAAAAUCCACAAAGAAAUUUUCUGGACGGAAGAGAAAAACAAGCGACAGUGACAAAGAUGGAAACAGUGAUGAGGACCAGAGCUCUGUGGUCAGAAAACAGAAGAAAGACUCCAGAAUCAACCCCAUGAUUCAAAGGACAAAGAAGGUGGAGAAAGAUGUUGUGUCCUCAAGUGAGAGUGAGGACGAUAAAGAAGACAAGAAGAUCACUGUCGCCUACAAAUCCACCCGCUCUGCAAAACCUGAAGGACCAGAGGACAUGGGUGCCACGGCUACAUAUGAGCUCGACACAGAGAGAGACAAGGACGCUCAGGCCAUAUUCGAGAGGAGUCAGAAAAUCCAAGAGGAGCUGACGGGUAAAGAGGACGAUAAGAUCUACCGCGGCAUCAACAACUAUCAGAAGUUCAUCAAACCCAAAGACACCACCAUGGGGAACGCCUCCUCUGGGAUGGUCCGGAAGGGUCCGAUCCGGGCCCCUGAACAUCUGAGGGCCACAGUGAGGUGGGACUACCAACCAGACAUCUGCAAAGACUACAAGGAGACGGGCUUCUGCGGCUUUGGAGACAGCUGUAAAUUCCUCCAUGACCGGUCAGAUUAUAAACACGGCUGGCAAAUCGAGAGGGAACUGGACGAGGGCAGAUACGGAGCCAACGAUGAUGAAAACUACGAAGUGAGCAGUGAUGAGGAGGACAUGCCCUUUAAAUGCUUCAUCUGCAGAGAAUCCUUUAAGAACCCCAUCAUCACAAAGUGCAGACAUUAUUUCUGUGAAGCCUGUGCUCUUCAACAUUACCGCAAAUCCAAGCGCUGCUACGUCUGCAACACUCAAACCAACGGCGUCUUCAACCCAGCCAAGGAACUGAUGGCAAAAAUGGAAAAACACAAAGCUUUAACCGACCAACCGCCGUCAGAUGAGGAUGAUUAGAGACACCUGAAGGUCCUCGCCAUUCCCAGUUUGUGUUUGUCUGUGAAAACUUUGAAUAAAACAUUUUUUUUUUUAGCUAGUCAA